AUGGCAGUGUCCACGUGGCCAGACAUCUCUCACCUCUCCAUCUUAAGGCCGGAGCUGAUCAACGUUCUGAGGAUACUGGUAGAUAAUGGAAGCUCCGACAACAUUAUCUUUCAGGCCGCAUACAAGGAUCUGAUGCUGGAGGAAAGCGCUCUAACUCGGAGGAUAACCCCACUCAUAGGAUUCAGCGGCAAAGUCAUGCAGACUGCCGGAGAGGUGACCCUCCCGCAUGAUCCUGGGACGGCCCUGGAUUCAUGGCAUGGGAGCCGUACCUUCGACUCUUCACCAGUUGGUGAAAUUCCCUACACCCUAGGGCAUAAGAGAAAUCAGAGGAGGCCAAGAGUAUUCCCGCUCUGGCUACCAGACUACUUUGAAGGGAAAGACCAAGGUCUUAUAGCAAUUACAGAGCAAACCUUCGGCUCAUCACACCGCGGAACCGGAGGUCAAAGAAAUGGACGGCGUGCCAUUGAUCGAAGGGGAUCAGACCCGACAUCUCAAGACAUGCCUGGGAUCGAUCCGGAGAUCAUCAUGCACAACCUGCAUGUGGAUCCCCUACAUCAACCCGUCAGACAAAAGAGGAGAAAUUUUGCCUCCGAAAGGGACGGAACCAUCAACGAUGAGGUUAAAAGCCUGCUCGGCGCAGGGUUCAUUCGCAAGGUACAGUAUCUGGAAUGGCUAGAUAAUGUGGUCGUAGUCAAAAAGAAGAACGAGAAGUGGAGAGUCUGCAUAGACUUCACAGACCCCAACAAGUCCUGCCCGAAGGACCCCUUUCAUUUGCCUCACAUCGACAAGCUGGCGACGCCACAACCGGGCAUCAGCUGA